AUGCCUCCGACACUAUGUGUACGCUGCCAGGCUAACCGGGCGGUUGUCAAGCGCCCCAAGAACCAUCACAAGCUGUGCCGGGAGUGCUUCCUGUCCGUAUUCGAAGAUGAGGUCCACCACACUAUCAUCUCGUCGAACCUAUUUUCGCCCGGAGAGAAGGUUGCGAUAGGCGCAUCAGGCGGAAAAGACUCGACAGUCCUGGCGUCUGUCCUCAAGACGCUAAACGAGCGUUACAACUACGGUGUAGAGCUGAUUCUGCUCAGCGUGGACGAGGGCAUCAAGGGCUACCGCGACGACUCACUAGAGACAGUCAAGCGCAACGCAGUGCAGUACGAGAUGGCACUAAAGAUUGUGGGCUAUGACGAGCUGUAUGGCUGGACCAUGGACCAGGUCGUCGAGACCAUCGGCAAGAAGGGAAACUGCACAUACUGCGGCGUGUUCCGUCGGCAGGCCCUGGACCGGGGAGCAAAGAUGAUUGACAUCAAGCAUGUCGUGACGGGACACAACGCUGACGAUGUGGCUGAGACGGUGCUCAUGAACCUGCUGCGCGGCGACGUGGCCCGCCUGUCGCGGAGCACCAACAUCGUGACGGGCGACGCGUCCAGCGACGUCAAACGCAGCAAGCCUCUCAAGUACGCGUACGAAAAGGAAAUUGUCCUCUACGCCCACCACAAGAAGCUCGACUACUUCAGCACCGAGUGCAUCUACAGCCCCGAGGCUUUCCGCGGAACUGCCCGCAGCCUCAUCAAGAACCUCGAGAAGGUGCGGCCCAGCGCUAUCCUGGACAUCGUGCGGAGCGGCGAGGACAUGGCCCAGUUGACACCCGACAAGGUCCAGAACGCCUGCGCCUGUGACGAGAACGAGGGCGUGGGCGGCUGCGGGUCUGCCAACGGGCGGAGCUCUGGAAAUGAGCUGGAGCAGAUGGAGGCUUCUCUCAAGAAGGACAAAUCCAAGAACCACAAGGUCCUCGAAACCGAGGUCAGGGCCGCCAAGAAGACAUCAGCACCACCAUCAGUCAACGGCGGCGAUGACGUCGUGGUCAAGCUGCCUGUGCGCAACAGCAAACGAGGCAGUAAGGAACCUGCUCCGACGACACUGCAGACUCUGGGGCGUUGCGUCAAGUGCGGUUACAUGUCAAGUCAGUCCAUCUGCCAGGCAUGUACACUGGUGGAGAGUCUCAACAAGAACAGGGCAGAUAUAGCGAUAUAG